CGCAACCGUCUUGUCCCAUCCAAAAGGCAGCGCAAAAUGCCUGGCGGUCUCUACGGGGACUUGGAGCUGGCCAAAUCGGUCGGGCACACUCCCCUCAGCCCAGCUGUCUUUCUCACUUCUACGAUCUUGGCCUAUACAUCUGGUAACUGCAUCAACUUUAUAGAUACAGUAUCACCAAGUACAAAAAAUUCAGAUUCCCCGCCGGACGCCCUGAAGAGUGUCCACGCCAAUGCUCAAAUAACGGCUUUCGCUCUUUGGCGACGUGAAAAUGUUGUUGCAUAUGCUGAGAGAGAGAACACAGUGAUCAAGCUAGUUAAAUGGCCCAGUGAAGCCACCUUGGGGAUGGGAAAGCUAGAAGCGCCAAAAGAUGUCAAAAUCACGGCUUUAGCCUUUUCCUAUGAUGGCCAAUAUCUCGCGGCUCUUGGGUCCCUCCCUACGUUCAGUAUUACGGUAUGGGAUUGGAGAAGCGGGGCACUCAUUUGCGAAGUUGAAAACCAUAUGGCUGUCAACGUACUGUCGUUUUGUCCGCUUGAUCCGACGUGCCUCUGUGUGAGCGGAGAAGACGGAAUCCGAUUUUUGCGAAUAGAGAUGGGGCACAAAAAGAAUGUCAUGAAAAGCAUUACCGGCAAACCUAUCCCUAUGAGCCAUUCAACGCUCUUCCCUGCCGUAACAGACCAAAGUCCAAAGCCCACAACCCAUACAUGGACCAUUGACAAUCAAAUCCUCUGCACGACAGACACUGGAAAUGAACUGGUGCAUUAUGACCCUGCCACGGGCGAAUGUGAGGUGUUUGUCGCUGCUGGUGAAGACACUGAAGACAGUAGUUUCGAAAAUGGACAGAUGGCCUGUGCGGUUGUGGCGAGAGAAGCGAUUAUCAUUGGUGGGAAGGAUGGUUUCCUACGUUGGUACGCUUUCGAGGCAGAAAAAAUUACCAAGACCAUUCCGGUUGCCGCCGGUACUGAACUUAUUCGCCUGGCUUUCUCACCAGACUAUCAGCACCUUCUUGUGGAAUCCAUGGACGGAAGGCUGUUCCACUAUAAAGUGGGCGCAGCGGAAUGCGCACUGACACUUGAGAGUCCUGGCCACCCAACGCACCUCACUCUCCUUCGCAUGGCAAACCUCGUUGUAACGGCAUCACACAGCAGUCUUCAAUUCUACUCUACCGAAGACCCCGAUCGCCAUGCGCUCAUCGGGAAGGACCAUCUUUCGGGUGUACCGACUUGCAUUGCAAGCUCCAGCUUUGCUCCUCUUGUGGCGGUAGGAAGUUCCAGUGGGGUAGUCCGGCUCUAUGACUGUCGGAACGGCCGCUCACCUCGCCUGAUCGCUCGUCACCGGGUGCAUCAUGAAGCUGUUGAAAAAAUAUCGUUCGACCCGAGUGGGCGGUACUUGAUAUCUUGCUCAAAAGACGGGCGAAUAUGUCUAUUUGAAGCAUUUGAUGUUUUUGGGCUAUGGGGUUCACUGAAGAUAGAAGGGGACAUCUGUGCUUGCGCCUGGAGUUUGGAAGAGGAUGUGGGAACGGCCCUCUUUUUGUACAUCCUUACGGUGAACCCACGCCAACGCACCAGCUUUGUACAUCGAUUUAGCGUGCCGUUGGAGCGAAAAGCAAAGGAUACAGGAGAACUCCACCUACCGCCGUCCGUCGUAUAUAAGAUUGAUGACGUUUUGGUGGACAUGGUCAUUGUUCCUAGCCAUCUCUCUGCGGGCCGCGAAACAUUUUAUGUGACAUCCGUCGAUCGUAAAUUGAAGUCAUAUCAAGCACCCGCGGGAUCUAAGGUGCUUUCUACCGCUGGCGUAUCGGUAGCGAGAUUGAAUGAUGAUGGUAAACUGGGUCAAGAUGUCGUACAUCUCGGCGUUCCCGCCUACGAGGUGAGGAAUUUCCACAAUGAAUCGUGGCCAGAGGCUUUUGUCACUGACUUUGCGCACAGUCCCAAGACCAUGAGAAGGCUCAAAUAUCGUUACAUCUGA